AUGGUAUCACCUGCUAUUGCUCUGGCCUUCCUCCCACUUCUGCUGACGCUGAUUAUCAGGUACCGAUACUACUUCAUGUUGUUGUACCGAGCGGUCCUGAUCAGGAUCUGGAAGGACUGUGUCACCGGUCUGAGCCGAGAGGAGCGCGCCUACCAGUACGUCCUCACUCACGCCAUCCCUGGAGACCCCGACAGCAUCCUGGAUGCCUUCGAUGUCUGGUGCAGUAAGGUGGAGUUCAUCAGCAACAUCGGGCCGAAAAAAGGGAAGGUCCUGGACCGACUGCUGAUGGAGCACAGCCCCCUGACAGUGUUGGAGCUGGGGUCUCACUGUGGAUACAGCACCAUACGCAUUGCCCGGUCUCUGCCUCUGGGAGCAAGGCUCUACAGUGUGGAGAUGGAUCAGAGGAACGCUGCUAUUGCUGAGAAAAUGAUACGCCUCGCAGGUUUCGAUGAUUACACGGUGGAACUCAUAGUGAACCCCUCCGAUGAGGUGAUCCCUCGACUACGUUCCGACUACAAUCUGGAGAGGCUGGAUUUUGUCUUCAUGGAUCACUGGAAGAAAUGCUACCUUCCCGACUUGCAGUUACUGGAGGGCUCCGGUCUGCUGGGAAAAGGAUCAAUAGUUUUGGCUGACAACGUGCUAUUUCCCGGGGCUCCAAAGUUCCUCAGAUACCUUCGCAAAAGCGGCCUGUAUGAGUGGAAGAUCCACCGGGCCACACUGGAGUACAGCAGAGGCAUCAGAGAUGGGAUGGCUGAGCUGGUGUAUCAGGGAAUCAACUAGACACAGACUUCAACGUCCCACUCUUAUCA